AUGGCUGCGACCAUGGACAAAGAUAACAACGACUCUGAACCAGAUCCCUAUGAUACUGAUGAAGGCGAUGAUUAUGUUCCUGAUGAUCAAUCUGAUUCAAGUGAGAAUGAUGAGACUGAGCACGUUACACCAAGAAAAACAAAAAAGCGUAGAAAAAACAUCGCUUUGUGGAAAAGGAAUGAAAAAAAGAGACUCAGAACAGCAGGAAAGAUGUAUGAAGGGCACAAAGGGAAAAUUCGUCCAGAGAGGAACCUUAGACCUUUCGUCCAUACAUGCAGGUAUAGCUGUAGCAAAAUGUCCGAGGCAGAAAGGCAAACCUUUUUUGAUAAAUUUUAUAACAUACCUACAUAUGACCUGCAAACAGCAUUUUUAGCUUCUUGCAUACAAAAAUGCGAAGUUGUUAGACGAAGCCAAAGAGCAGAAUGUAACCAAUACUGCAAUGUCAAUCAGAAGCCACUCGUCAAGUUAUCUUACUACCGUCACAUAUUCAACACAGAAUUUAACCUUCGAUUUCAUAAGCCCCAUAGUGAUACAUGCUCAAAAUGCGACAAGCUGAACAAUAUCAUCAAAAACUCAAAUAAUGAAAACGAGGUGAGUAUUUCCAAAGUGAGCUUAGAGUUGCAUCAGAGGAAAGCUCAAAAAGCAUGUGAAAUGAAAAAGAUGGACGCUGAAAAUAGUAAAGCCUUAGACGAUACCAUCGCAAUUUGCUUUGAUCUUCAACAGACAUUACCAACGCCUUUGCUCACUACUUCAAAAGUUUUCUACCUUCGACAGCUCUGGACGUACAACUUCUGCAUACAUAAUCUGUGUACUGGAGAAGCUCGCAUGUACACGUGGGAUGAAACUGUUUCUGGUAGAGGUUCCCAAGAAAUAGGAUCAUGCUUGCUGCAUUUUUUCAAGUCACUUCCCUCAAAUAUCACAAAAAUAAUAGCCUACAGUGACUCAUGUGGCGGGCAAAAUAAAAAUAAGAAUAUUUGCAAACUGUUUAUGUUUGCAAUAAAGGCCACCCAUAUUAAAGAAAUUCACCACAAAUUCCUGGAGCCAGGUCACACUUAUAUGGAAUGUGACCGAGAUUUCGCACUUAUAGAGAAGAAUAAAAAAAAGAUUCCUCAAGUUUUUAUUCCAAGCCACUGGAGGGAAGUAAUUGCAGCUUCAAACAAAAAAUUUAUGAUUCACAACAUGACCAGAGAAAUGUUUUUCUCUUUUGAAAAACUGAAUCAAAUAGUGAAAGAUCCUAAGAAAGAUGUAGACGGAAAGCCGAUAAAAUUCAAAGAAAUUGCGUAUUUUAAAUAUGAUAAAAGCAAUGAGGCAUUUUCGUUUGAAUUCAAACCAGUCUUAGAUGCUUCAUAUCCAUUCAUAAAAUGUGUUUCUGGGUCGCGUGCCUCUGGGCGACCAUCAUACUCGCUACAAAACUCAUUCACACCACUACACGGUACCUCAGUUCCGAUAAAAACAGAAAAAUGGAAAAAUCUGCAGACCCUUUUGGAUUAUAUACCUCCAGUUUAUCACGCGUUCUAUAAAAACAUGAAACAUGAAGAUUUAAAAAAAAGGACUAACGAAACAAAAAUAUGCCUGUACCAGCCAUGGAAUCUGGUCCUACUUCUCGCGCAGAGCCCGUAUUCAUCGUUGAAGAGGAAGAUGAAGAUGACGAGGAGCUGUUAUCCGACUACGACGAAUGAUUAA